AUGGGCUCUGGUAAGCAUCUCAGGGCCAUCACAAUAUCCAUCUACAACGUGCGUACUCUCAAACAAACUGGAAAACUUCACCAACUCGUAUACGGAUGCAGCAAAAACAACAUCGACCUGGUAGCAAUUCAAGAACAUCGUUGGCAAACAACAGAACAAAUCAAUACGUGCUACACAAUACUCAAUGAUCAAACCUGGCGAUUUGAAUAUUCUUCAGCAACCUCAGAUGGACAUGGUGGCAUAGGUUUACUCAUAAAUCCCAGGAUGUCAGCAUUUUUCAACUCAUCAGAAAAAGUAUCAAAUCGCAUUAUGAUGGUACACUUUAAUGGAAAUCCAGCAACAACAAUCAUCAUUGCAUAUGCACCUACGGAAGACAAAAGUGAUAUCGAAAAAGACACCUUCUACAACAAUCUCCAGCAAUGUACGCUCGAUGUUCCCCCACACAACGUCCUGAUUCUUGCUGGUGAUCUCAACGCAAGAAUAGGAACCGACAGUCACACAACAAAUCCACGAACAAUUGGUAAAUACACAUACCAUCAAUUAACCGACGACAACGGCAACCGACUCAUCAACUACUGUGAAACUUGCAACAUGCGAUCAACACAAACACGGUUUCCACAUCCAAAGUCAAGAUCAUGGACCUGGCUACAUCCAAAUGGUAAAUCCAAGGCUCAAAUUGAUCACAUACUCAUAAACGGGAAAUGGUUAAACUCAAUUCGAAACGUACGCGCGUAUAACACAGUUGAAUUGAACUCCGAUCAUCGCAUUGUCAGCGCAAAAUUAUCAAUCAGCCUCCGAGCACCGAAACAAAACAAAAACAAAAGAAUCAAGUUCGACUGGAACAAACUCAAAACCAACUCAGUACUACAAGCCCAAUUCAACAUUGAAGUACAAAAUCGAUACGAAAUCCUACAGAACAUCAACACAGAUCACGACAUACAAACAAAAUAUGACAAUUUCAUAACUAGUAUACAAGACACAACAGUAAAACUCAUUGGAAAAACAACUCGGAAAAAACGGAAAAACUGGGCUUCAACCACUACUAUCGAUCUUCUGGAAAAACGAAACAGCGCCAAAUCCAAAUUCAAACAACAACCAAGCAGAGAAAAUAAAAAACAUUGGCACAUACUCAACAAACAACUCGACGAAUCGUACAACAACGACAAAAUCAAUUUCUUAGAAGAUAAACUAGAACAACUCAAACAAGCAAUGGUAUCAAAUCAUCUAAGAACUACAUGGUCCCUGAUCGACGAAAUCAGUGGAAAACGCACAAGCUACAACACAUCAAAAAUCAAACGAAAAGAUGGUACAAAAAUUAACUCAACCAACGAACUCAUGCAUGAAUGGAAAGCAUAUUUCGAAGAAUUACUUAACGCUAAAACAAACAUCAACCCAAACAACCAAGCAAUACCACCAGCUCCUGAAGACCUACCAAUCAACCAAGGUCCAAUAACUAUCAACGAAGUGGAACAAGCAAUAAAUCAAUUAAAAGACGGGAAAUCUCCUGGAAUUGACCAUUCAAUAACACCUGAAGUACUGAAAUACGGCGGUAGAUGGAUUAUGAAUCAACUUUGUAGCAUAUGCAAUGAAAUCUACAACAACCAACAAACGCCAAAACAAUUCAACACCAACAUCAUAAUACCAAUACCAAAAAAAGGCGACAAAACGCUUACAACGAACUACAGAGGCAUUAGUCUUAUGUCAGUAGCAGCAAAAACCUAUAAUCGAAUCCUGUUAAACAGAAUAAGAGAACCACUUGACUCGAUUCUAAGAGUAAAUUAG